GCGCAUUGGCGUAGAAGUCGCCAGCAUUUCCCUGUGCAGCUGAGUUGGAUGUUUGUACGCUAAUGCUGUCAUGAUGCAGCCUUUGUUGUUUGUUAAUGUAUAUUCCAUUGAAUAUAUUCAUAGUUUUUAAGGCGUGUAGGUGAUCGGCCAUGAAGCUAACAAGGAAACUUGUUCUUGCUAAGGCCAAGGCCUCCGACUUAGAAAGCGUGAAGAAACUAAACUGCUGGGGAUGCAACCUGACCGACAUUUCUAUCUUCUCUCAGAUGCCCAACAUUGAAGUGUUGACUCUCAGCGUGAACAACAUCUCGUCUCUAUCUCCACUGGCCAGCUGUCUGUCUCUGAGUGAACUGUACCUGAGGAGAAAUACGGUUCCUACACUCUCUGAGCUCUGCCACCUGCGUCCGCUGACGCGGCUCAGAGUGCUCUGGCUGGCCGAGAACCCCUGUUGUGGAGCUGACCCGAGCCGGUACCGGCUCACCGUGCUCCGCUGCCUGCCUCGACUCCAGAAGCUCGACAAUCAAGUGGUAACGGAGGAUGAGGUCGCGCUUGCUCUGGUGGAAGGUGACGAGGUCAGCACACCCACCAGCAGCAUCCAGAACCAGCUUCCCAACAACGGCCUUCCAGAUGCAGAGAUGGAGAACGACCCGCUCAACUACAACAUGGAGGAGACCAACAAAAUCCGAGAAGAGCUGGGAAUGAAGCCGCUGUCGAGAGACAAAUUCUCCUCCCUCUCUUCUCCGUCCACCAUGGAGAAGCCGACAAUGAAAAAGACCCACGUCCUCGAUGCGGUUCUGCUUCUGCUGAGGGACCUGGAUGAAGAGGAGCUCCAGGUCGUGCACACGGCGACGCAGAACCGCCUGCAGACCUACACGCUGGACUCGGGAGAUGGUCAGAGGACGUCAGCUGAGAAAGCUGCAGACAUCCAGCACUAACAAUAUUCACAGCAUGCGCUCAGAGAAUAAUAUCCCACGUCCAACACCAAUCUCAGGAUUCUGAAACACGCACGGCUUCUCCUGGUUCCCUCUGUUUAUUUAUGUGCAUAGUUUGUAAUUUAAUUUCACUGCCUCUUCUCAUUUUAUCGUCUCCCUUUCAUGGCCACAGUUUUCCCCAUUAAUCAAGGAACAUCAUUUUUUUUAAUCCGCAUGCCCACACGCAUGCUUGCAUAAACAGAAGAAUGUAUGUUUUGUCUAAUGUGUUGCUCUAUUUUGAAAUUAAAGACAAUAUCCAGCAAUAA